AUGGCCAAGCAAUUAGCUUGCAUUCUCUCUCUCCUCUUCAUGUUCUUCUCUUCAUCGAAAGCAGUCUACAAUGUAGUCAGCUUGGGGGCCAAGACGGACGGCAAGACCGACGCCACACAAGCAUUCCUCAAGGCAUGGAGCUUGGCAUGCAGCUCGGCCAGGGCCGAUACAAUCUACGUCCCUCCCGGCAGAUACUUGAUGAAGCCAGCUGAGUUUAGAGGUCCAUGUAAGAACAGAGUCAAUGUUAAGAUCGAUGGAACCCUGGUCGCCCCUUCCGAUUAUCGCGUCAUCGCCAAUUCAAACAGUUGGCUCCUGUUCAUUCAGGUCAAUGGAUUGUCGGUCACCGGAGGCACAAUUGACGCUCAGGGGGCCGGCUUGUGGGCUUGCAAGACCGCCGGCAAGAGCUGCCCGUCUGGAGCAAGGUCGAUAACGUUCAACUACGCCAAUAAUGUGGUGAUCAGCGGCUUGACAUCGUACAACAGCCAGAUAUCUCACAUCGUGAUAAACAACUGCAACAAUGUAAUGGUCCAAGGGGUGAAGAUCGUUGCACCUGAUCAGAGUCCCAACACCGACGGCAUACACGUACAGUUCUCGACAGGAGUUACAAUCACAAGUUCUAGCAUUAAAACCGGAGAUGAUUGUGUCUCCAUCGGUCCGGGCACUAAAAACCUUUGGAUUCAGCGUGUUGCCUGCGGACCUGGACACGGCAUCAGCAUCGGUAGCCUGGGUAAGGAUCUGAAUGAACAAGGUGUGCAGAAUGUGACUGUAAAGGAUUCUACAUUCACCGGAACCGAUAACGGAGUACGGAUUAAGUCGUGGGCGAAACCAAGUAAUGGGUUCGUGAGGGGCGUCCUUUAUCAGAAUCUGAUCAUGAACAAUGCUAAGAAUCCGAUCAUAAUAGACCAGAUAUACUGCCCUGACAAUAACUGCCCAAAUAAGGUACAGAAUUCUGGCGUGAAGAUCAGCCAGGUGACGUACCAGAACAUCCGGGGAACAUCGGCGACACAGGUUGCUGUGAAUUUUGUUUGCAGUUCAAGUAACCCAUGCACAGGAAUCAGAUUACAGGAUGUAAAGCUUACCUAUCGGAAUGGAGCAGCUCUAUCAUCUUGUGCAAACGCCAGUGGUACCGCAGGCGGAGUAACAGUGCCGGGGAGCUGUUUAUAGAGAUGUUUCUUCUCCCUCUUUUAAGGCCUGUUGUAAUAUAUUAUGUCUCCGGCCAUGUGGAUGGAUUCUGAUAUUGCCUCAAUCCAGUAAAACCCAGAGGGAAGGCAAGCUACCAACCCGGGUUUCUUCUUCUUUUGUUUCUUCAUUAACUGACUCUGGUGUAUUGGCCGAGUCAAACUCAAAAAACUCACUCAACUAUUUGCUUGGUUCA